AGCAGUGCUGCGUAUGAAAGAAGCCGCCUGUUGGUGCUGUUUUGGGGCAUGAGGCUCAGAGGAUUGGUGGGGCCGUCUUCCUCUCUGACCCGUCGAUAAAAAAACACGACCGAGCGGUACAAGGGCCGGGGGAUGCACAGAGGAAACACGGCUUUAUCGGCAAAAAAACAGGAAUGCUGAUCCCGCGAAAUAUGGAGUGUUGCCUCCUUUGCGGAAUAAACCGAGUUUACGCUGAAGUAGCCGGUCAGUGAGUUCGUAAAAGCAAAAGAUUUGGCUACUUUAUUUUUAUUUAACCGUUGAUACACAUCUGCAAUGAUGCAGGCUGUGGAUCGGAGACAAGCUGCUGCAAUUUUAGUCUGCCUUUUGGGAUACCUUGUCAACAGAGCUGUCGCCAAAACAUUACUGGAGGACACAAUCAUACAAGAGGUGACUCUGAAGGUUCACCUUAGCGAUGCCAGUACUCACCAGCCCCUGGGAGGAGCCACCAUACAGCUCUUCGCCAACCAAACUUCGGUAACCACGGAAACCUCAUCACCUGAUGGCAACACCUACUUGCGCUUCCCCUACCGCCUUGGGACACCGUUGGUCGUCACCGCAUCCAAACAGGGAUAUGUGCCAAACUCUGUUCCCUGGAGUCCCUCCAGGUUACCUGUAUUUUCCUCGAUCAGCCUCGACCUGCUACCAGAAAGAGCUGCUACUCUGAUGGUGUAUGAAGAUGUUGUGGAGAUUGUUUCAGGCUUACAAGGUUUCAGGAAUCAGCCCAGUGUUUAUUUCCAGCGCAGAGCUCUGAGUCUUCCCUCCAACACAUCUUACGCCAACCUUACAGCUCUGCUCACCGUGGCCAGUUCCCCCUCGCACAUCCAGCACUUUCCCCACCUGCAGGUCCUCAGCGGCAACGGCACAGGGACCGAAAAGGGAUUUGAGUUGACUCCUGUAGCGGCCAUCUCUGUUCACUUAUUGGCCAGCGAUGGAGUGGAGCUGCAGGUGAAUGAGCCAAUCACGGUCUCUGUCCCCCUGCCGGCUGACAGUGGCCUGAAGGAAAAUGAUCACAUUCCUGCUUGGAGAUUUGACCCACGAUUGGGUGCCUGGAUAAAGAGCAGUUGGGGUCACGUGCAGCGGGAGGGCAACCAGCUCUCUUUGACCUACAUUGCUCCUCAGUUGGGAUAUUGGGUGGCCGCCAUGUCGCCACUACACUCAGGUCCAGUGUUUGCGAAGGACAUCAGCACAUACCACACUGUGUUCCUGUUGGCUAUACUGGGAGGCAUGGCUCUCAUCCUGCUCUGCCUGCUCUGCCUCCUGUUGUACUACUGCAGGCGUCGUUGUUUGAAGCCUCGAGCGUCUCACCGCAAGCUCACACUGUCCUCCGGUCUGGACGGCAGUAAGAGGGACCAAGCCACCUCCAUGUCCCAUCUGAACCUCAUCAGCAAUGAGGUGCAGCUGGAACUUGUUUCCACAGCGACUGAGCCCGAUAUGACCACACCAAUGCUGAAGCCUUCUUCAUAUGAGCACCAAGACAAUCAUCGUCAACACAGCCUAAUCCAUCACAGCAAACACAGCCGCUCCUCGCUCGGCAACAACAGCCACCACGGCUCAUCUCUUGGCAAUCUGACGCCUCGCAGCAGAGACUACCGCCAGUCCGUGGAGACGUUCCAAUUAAAGGCUGCCCUUUCAUGCGAAACAGACAGAGGCUACCGUCAAUCAUAUACCUCUGUCUGCUCAUCCAGCAACCCAAAUUCAGAUGCACUGUCAUCAGUCAAUCACAGACAGGUGUUGGCUAAUCAGAUGAGCAGUAUUGGGAUUGUUGAUUGCAUCUCACCAUCCUCUCCUCCCCACUCCCCCAUUAGAGGGGAGGGAUGUGAGUGCAGAGCUCCUGACUACCUUCUGUCCCGCUCUGUGGACCACCUGGAGCGUCCCAGCCCCCCGUUGCUCUCCCGGCCAGGCCAGCUGCUGUGCUGCGGCUCUGUGGACCUGCUGAGUGGAGGAGAAGGCUACCCGAGAGUGCGUCCUACACUGGUGAUCCCAGCGCACUACAUGCGUCUGCCUGGGGAGCACCCUCUGUCUGGUCAGGCCCUCCUGCUGCAGACUGACCAGCAGAGUGACUUGGAGACCAUCCAGGCUGAGCUCAAUGCCUCACAUUCCCAGCAGCCCCUGGGGCAAACCCCCAUUGACUGCACCCCACGUCCCACCAAGCAGGGUGACGGAGAAAGGCACGGCCUGUCAGAGUCUCUGUCUAUCCCAGCAGCGCUUGGGGAAACGGGUCUAGUGGAAAUAAACAGUGAGGACACCUUGUUGGCUGAAAAGACUUUAAUGGAGCUCAGAGGAGGUAAGCCUUUGCCUCACCCACGAGCCUGGUUUGUCUCACUUGAUGGACGCUCCAACGCUCAUAUUCGCCACUCCUACAUUGAUCUCCAGCGGGCAGGGUGCCACAGCAACACACCAGGUGGAGGAGGUCAGCAAGGUAAUGUCAGCGGUGGGAGGCGUGGCAACGAUGCCAGUCUGGACUCUGGUGUGGACCUGAACGAGCUGAGAGUGGGUCGCAGAGGGAGAGAUGGAGGACGGGAGGAAAGAGAUAUUGAGAAAAACAGGGUGAAGGGGACAGCACCAGCCAUGGCCUACACUCAGCUGGUGUAUGUGGAUGAUCUGGAUGGGGGAGGCAGCGAGGAGGAGAUGCCCAAAUGCAGCCCACAGGACAGUAAAACAGGACCCAUCUUGUCAGACAAAGCUGAGGGUCAGAGAGGGGAUCAGGUGCAGGGGGGUGUGGAGGGGAAAAGAGUAGAGGAAGUACACAUACAAGAGGAACCGCCCUCACUUUCCUCUUCAUCCUCUGCUUCUCCUCCUCCCCUGCCAACACCAGAGGAAGAGACGUUCAGGACUGAUCAUGCGCUUCUGUCAGUCUCUCCGGAUGACGAAGCAGCACAUGAGGAUGGAGAGGAGGAGGAGGAAAAGAAGAGUCCUUGGCAGAAGAGAGAGGAGCGACCCCUGUUGGCUUUGAACCUAAAAUGAUCCACAGAGAACCACUUAAAGGAUAGGUUCACAUCUUUCUCAAUUGUAUGAAUGGGCACAUCAGUUUUGUUUUGACAUAGACUUGAAAAAAUUUGAACUUAUCCUUUCAAUCAUAACCCCCCCCCCACCCCCACCCCUUUUUGCUCAUACCAAAACGUGAAGGAUAAGACCAUUUUAAAUUGAAGCCUUUGUUUUUUUUAAUAGAGCACUGACAGUAUAUUUCAGCACUUGGAUCCCUUAUAGUCCAGAGCAUGAAGGGACGAUUCCGGACCUUCAUGAACAUCCAGGUCCCCUUUAUUAAAUUACCACUUUUGUACUUUUUCGUCCUCACAACACUCUACAUAAACAGACCACUCAUCAGGAAUGAUGUACACUUUGCCUGAGGCAAGAAAUUAGAAUAUUUUAUGCACAUUUUCUUUUUUAUAAAUAGCCUUGUAAGCAUAAAGGAACGUAGAAACAAAAGAGUAGUUCUCACUCAAAGACUACAGCAGCCCUUUUUCUCGAGCCAUAUUGGCCUCAGCUCACUGACUGUAAAAAACAUGUCUUUAAAGUGAUAAUUUAACCCUAAUUUCUAAGAUUGUAGAGCAUCUGUGCAAAAUACAGCAGUAGUUAUUUUACUCUUGCGUGUCUUUUAGGAAAUAGUCUUACAGCGUGUUCCUGCACAAGAAUCAGCCCUGACUUAAACAUGUGAAUCCUGUACUUUGAAUGGUUUUAAGUAUGUCGCUAGAAUUAAAUCUAGCCCGUCACUAGGCUGUAUGGGUAUUUGUUUAUGAUCUGUAGAGGGGACGAAGUGUUUGGACUGAACAAAUUAAACCACUAUCCGCACUGCAACAGAUAAUGUGACACACCACUAUGCUGGUGGGUAAGGCUGUAAUACCACUACGAAACUGUAGUUCCACCCAAAAUAUUUGUGAGGUGUAAUAAUAUGAAGGGUUUUAUAAUUGUUGAACCACUGACUGGCAUAUUUUUGCAUAUUUCUUUUAUACAGCUGCUUGAAAUGCCUUUUUUUGUAAUUUUUAUCACUAUGAUUUUAGUUGCCAACCUGAAGUAUUUUACCUGGAAAAUAGGCUAUUUUUAUUUCUUUGAAUGUGUUCAGGGCUUUUCUUCUUCACCUGCCUUAUUGUUGUUUACAAAAACAAACUCAUAACUGCAUAGGUUUUACCUGAAACCAAACUUUUUUUGCAUGCUGUGUUUCACCGUAAUUGUUUUGACCAUUUUCUCAUGUUCCAAGUGCCUUUGAACAACCUGACUCUACAUUGAAUUUGUCUAACAGAUUACCUUAUUUAUUUCUCACCUUCUUUUGCCUUCAGCUUUUCUCCUCUACCUCAGCCUUCCCUUUCUCUACCACUUGUGAAAGAAAGCAUGCAGUAAACUUUCCUCAGCACUAGCGUAUUACAAGCUACACUGCAGACAUCCCAGGAAAUGUCUACCAGUUGCUGCAAUCGUAAAAUCCUCUACAGUAAUCAGCAAGGCACAGAUCUGUCUGUGUAAAGCAUUGUAGCAUGGGAUAAAUAAAGCUAAAUGUGAUUGUAUGUCAAGCUAAACUGCAGGUCGUUUCAGUGCAUUUUUGCACUCAAAUGUUUUUUUGUGCACCUGGGUGGUGCUGACUGUAAGUGUGUGUUGUCAGACUGUGUCCACAUGAGAGCGCAGACAAAUAAUCUACAUACAUCCACUCAAGGUUCAUAUAGUCAUAGCUAUCAUAUUACAGAGUGUGUAUAGUUCUUUCCUUUCUACCUGGUCAAAAUGAUGUGUGAGUUGGUGUUGUGAAUGGCCUUUUCUUUCUUAGUAUCCCACAGCAACAUCCAGUUGCAGUACAGCAUCCUGUUUGUUCAACAUGGUUCCUUACAUUAUAUUUGAAGUCUAUUAUUCUGAAUAAACUGCCAAACUGGAA